UUCUGGGUCCCUAAACCAGCUCUGGAUGUCAUCACGGCUAGCAGUCGAAACCCUGUGGUUUGAAGGUCUUCUAGAUAGAAGAAUUUGAAGCAUCUUAUCCUAUCUGCUCGUACGCAGCCCUAGUCUGCCUCAGUUUCUCCCCCUAUGCCUCCGUCACAGUCAUGCCAUUGGGCCCAACUUUCAGAGUUGGAAGGAAUUGAAGAAUCGGAGGAGUCCUGUGCCCCACAAAGGGAACAACUUGAGUCUACCUCAACUCAUGACCCUUCUAGCAAUCCAGAGCACCUCUGUCCUGGAGACUCCCUGGUCCCUGUAGUAUUUCCAGGACCUGUGAACUCAGAAGGCUGCUGCCGAUUUGCUUGUGAGCUCCUAAAGCACAUUAUGUACCAGAGGCAGCAGCUGCCACUUCCCUAUGACCAGCUCACAGUCUUCUACUCUAAGCCCUCUCCCCAGGCCGAGGACAUGAUGAGGAAGAAGGCCGAAAGAAGCUAUAGGAAAUUCCAGCAGGCGCUGCUAGAACUGGAGGGCAUACUGAGCCACUUGGAGAGCCUCUUUGCCAGGACGCUGGUGCCACGGGUGCUGAUCCUUCUUGGGGGCAGCGCAUUGUGCCCCAAGGAGUUCUAUGAGCUGGACCUGGCUCGGCUGGCUCUGGGCAGGAUGGGACAGAGCCUUAGCACAUCUGCUUGUCUUCGCCGUCUCUUCCGUGCCCUCUUCAUGGCUGAUGCCUUCAGUGAAUUGAAGGCCGCCCCAGCCAUGGGCACCAUUGUCAUGGCCCAGGGACAUCGUGAGUGUGGUGAAGACUGGUUCCGCCCUAAACUCAACUAUCAGGUUCCUAAACGGGGCCACAAGUUGACUGUGACCUUGUCUUGUGGGGGUCCUCCCAUCCCAGAUUCUGCCUGGGAUGAUUAUAUCUGGUUCCAGGCUCCAGUGACACUCAAAGGCUUCCGUGAAUGAAGAGGCCUCUUGCUCUCAUGGAUAGUACAGUUGUUUCCUCUAGUUCAGUGUGGGCUGGGUUCAUUGCUUGCUUGAUAACUAAGCUGUUUGUUAAAAGCAUUUGUCCUGUUUGGGGAUUUGGUGCUUUUUCCCAACUAGGCUUUUAAGGUGUAUGUGGGGUGGGGGUGAUAUUAUAGAGAUACUUCAUGAUAACUGAGCAGGCAGGUCUCCCUACCAAUCCAAGGGCAGAUUUUUGCUGGAGAGUGAUGGAUUUGUCAAUCAAUCUUUACUGGGGCUGGAAAAGUUUGAGAUGGGAUGGUGACUGCUUCUAUAGAAAGCCCUCACCUUGCCCAGCUGUGGAUGAACCUGAGCUAUAUGUGGUUGCCUUCCAGUGAAAUGAUAUAGGUGUAACUGAACAAGCUUGUAUAUAAAAAUGAAUAUAUUCAUAUUAAAUUUUCCUGGAUAUCCAUUGGCUUUAAAGGGACUUUCCAGGCUUUCAGA